AUGAAGAAAAUGGAGCCUCAAAGGAGAGUGUACAUAUCCCUCCCUAAAAAAUGCAUGGCUGCUUUGGCCGAAAAGUGUAAACUGGAUCACGGCCUUUUUAUUAAGGAUCUGAUCACUAACAUAAAUGAAGGAUACCUACAAGCUUACUUCCGACAGUGGGGCAGCAUUACAGCAUGCACGAUCAAGAAGACUCCACAGGACUCUGACUCAAAGAGUGCCAGUGCUUUCGGAUUUGUGAUGUUUUCCUCUGAGGAGGAGGCAGAUACGGCAGACUGGGCGGGUCCUCACUAUAUAGGAGGAAUGGAAGUGGAGGUCAAGAGAGUAGUCAGUCUGAAGAUGGAUGACCCAGAAGGUUGA